AUGAACCGAUUCAAGACCAAGAAGAAGGGCAAGGAUGACGCAGCGUCCGCGCGUCCGUCCCUCGAGUCCGAGUCUUCUUUCUCCCUUUUCGGACGGAAAAAGAAAUCACAAGAGCAGGAAGAGAAGAAGGAAAUCGACCUGGCAACUGCAUUGCCCUCGAGCGACGAUUUCCGCACGAGUCUCCUGAUGUCCGGACUCUCGGCUCGCUUCUCUAUGCUCCGCGAACAGGAUGACCCCAGUACCAAGAUCGGCAAAGCCAGCGAUGACAGCGUGUUGCUACCCAAGCGACACUCGAGACUAAAUGACUUCAACUUCGGCUCUGGUGGAACUCUUGGUGAUAUCGCCGAGGUUGAAUCUAUCAAGGCACCACCUUUCCUGCGUACUGACUCUACUGCUUCCGAGGAUUCCAGCUCAAUUUUGACUAGGGCACGGCCUACAGAGGGCAAUGUCAUGUUCGGCGGAAGGCAGAAGAUUUACAAGAUCGCAGUUGGCUCUUCCUCAUCUAGAAAUUUAGGUGACGGUAUGAGCGGCCGGGCGCUGUAUGGUGACGAUCUGGCCAUGUCUGCAUUCCAGAAAUGGAGACUGGCUGAAAAAGAUCAGGACCGAACUCACCUCAAUGGGGAAGACAACGACAUUCAUGGUGAGGAGGUAGGCGACGAGUCAAAACAAGUCGAGGACUCGCCCUUCGCGACAAGGGCAGAGUCUCCAUUGCCUCAGGGCUAUAACAAAAAACGUGAGACGUCCUCAACGACUUCUUCGACUCCCUCUGGCGGGCGCAACUCGACUGCUGCCACCUCCGUCGUCUCGCAGCCUACCACGCUUCAUUCGCAACAAACAACUGCGGCAUCCUCAGCUACCUCCACGCCCGCUCUAGAACGACAUGUCACACGGACAAGGAGACUCUAUGAACAGGGAUUGACGCAAGAUCUACAAGAACAGCAACACUCCGUCCUGUCGAGGGUCGACACUCUAACUCGCCGGCCUGUAGGAGUGCGGACUCCGGACUUGGGACAGAAUUCGCCGUCCCCGACGAUGCACUCUUUUUCCGACCGCUUUGGGGAGCGUCGGACCAUCUUGUCCAAGGGUAGCGCCCCAAACUUGAGGUCCAUGAGCCCACCAACUACCGGAUCCUCAAUCGGCACAUUGGACCUCAACACCAAGGCGUCAAAUGCCAUUGACACGAAAACAUCUUUCCUGUCGUCUCCACCCCUGAGCCCCCCGAUCAGCGAUCAUAGUGCCAGUGAUCAAACGAACCUUGCCAUUCAACCGAGGGAUGUUGGCAAGGCAACUGCCAUGGGCGUCUUUCAGAGACCAGCCCAGCCGUAUGAUGACUCCCGGUAUGCUGAACGACAGCUCCAACUGAAACAAGGCCGAGAAACUCCAACCCAGCGCUCCCGAAAAGACUCGAGUACAUCAUUCACCUACUCUCGGUCUCAGUCAGUAGCCUCCAACCGACAGCAGGAUGCAGAUAUCAAGGCCUCUCCCAUGUCAACUCAGAAGGAAGGCUCCGUUGAAGGCUCCCCUCGAGCUGAUCCAGUCGAAUCACCUAUUUUGAAUGAUCUUGUCCACCAACCAGCCUUCUCUCCACAAGUCAGGGUAGAACGACCAGCCGAUCAAGACCACCCAGCUUUACGCGGUUCCGCUAUCCCAACACCGCUCUCUAUCCCAGAACAACCUAAUGAGUCGCAAUCGCCUCUCAGUGGUCAUACUGAUCUGCUCAACGUCAGACCCAAACAAGUCAUGCUAGGAGACUCGCCCACUCUGGGACCAACCUCCGGACUGGGUGGUUUGGUUCGGCAACACUUGCGUACUGAAAGUGACGUUUCGUCCAUUUUUGGCGUUCAGGAGAACCCGGAACCAAUGACAGCAACGAAGAGCCCAUGGGAGGACCAAGACUGGACAACAUCCAGCGGCCAGGAGAGCGAGCGCAGUCCUCGCGUACAGCCAACAUUGUCUUCCCACCACGAGGAAGCACCUAGGUCCAGCGAUCGCAGCAAGCCAGGCAGUCUCUCAGAGUCGCCGCACUCUCCAGAUGAGGAAGAUGAAUUCGCCAAUCAGUUGGCGAAUGCGCGGCGCCGUGUCAGGGAAAAGCUUACUUCCUUUGUUGAGACCGACAACACUCUCUCCAUGUCACCGCAGUCGCCACCAGAUUCAGCUCGAGACUUGCCUCCACCAUCAUCUCGCUCGAAUCCCCUAGGGAUUCUGAGAGGCAAGGGCAGCCGAGGCUCAUUGAUUGACCGAGGUCGGGACGCCACAUCCAGGCCCAACAAGAUGAAUGGAACAGGCGCGGUAACAAUGCCAACCCCUCCAAGUUCUGUAAAGCAGGACUUCGACGAGCAGGAUCGCAGGACGCCGGUCGAGAUCAAGGAACAGCCUGAAGAAGAGGACGGAGACGCGGAACUAAAGGAGGAAGCCAACGCACAUCCUGGCCUCCGUGCGUUCAGGCAGGCGAGGCGCGAAUUGCAGAAGCGCAAGGAGCUCGAAGCUAUGGCGAGACACUCGCCACGCAAUGGUCAGUCCACGAACUCGCCUGCCCCAGAGAAAGGCGUCCACGACCUCGCCCGUACACCUAGUAGGGAACAUCAGUCUGCCAAGUUUGGCCAGCAGCGAAAGUUCAGUGAGGAGCAUAGCAAUACAGGAGUGCCACAGCCACCUCCUCGGUCACAGACGAGAACUGCAAGAGAUCGAAGCGGCUCUGAGGACAGUGCUGGCCAAAGCCGAUCGCGAAGCAGGCCGGCGCAGAGGUCGAGAGAGAACACGAUUUCGCCCGAUAAUCAGAAGCUCAAUACGACAACAGCACUCAGACCCAAGCUACGCUCCCCCGGCUUGCCAGGCACUGAUAUCCGACGCUCGCCUCAUAUGCCCCCGAUGAGGUCCGCUACCAGUGGAGCACAGUCGGUUGUGCCUGGCCCAUUCCUCGACAGGACCAAUUCUGGAACUAAUCUAAGAGCCCUACCCCUCCGGACAGGUAAUGAGCCAUUGUCCGCUGGAGCUUCGCCGCGUUCUCCUCGGAGCGGGCCGUUUGAGCAAGCUCGUGGCGUCUUCUCGCCUACCGAGACAACUGGAUCAGCACCUCAAACACCAACGUACGCUCCCCCGAGGAGGCCUUCGAUCGCACAAUCAAGCACGACAACGAGUACACUCAAUGAUUCAAUGAAAAGGGUCAUUAAUAAGAGCGAUAUUUCGGAGCCAACAUUUAUCAUGUCAACGAGCCGAGUCCCGACCAUGUCUGUUACAGACGCUCGAGAGGCCAGAUCUCGAAGCCAGUCCAGGUCAAGAUCAGACAGCAAUGCCAACGGUGGCUCGCCACCACCACUGCCUCCAGUCAAUCCCAGGCGCAAGCGUGAGAGCUCUCGGACGCGGACUAUCAUCAACGGACUAAUGGGUCGUAACAAUCCUGAGGCAGAUGACACUGCUCUCAGCAUGAGCACGCCCCAUUUGCCUUUGGCAAGGCCGCCAGUGGCCCCGUUCGCGGACUCGUCAACCGAAGACAGAAAGAGUGCCUUCUCAGUCAGCGACGAUGAGAAGCAAGGACCUCGCAAAUUGCUGAGGAAAGCCAGCUCCGAGGUCAAACUCGAUGCUCGGGCCAGUAUCGCCCCGCCUCAGGUUGCGGUUGGACCGCCAGCUGGAAGAGCCGUGAUCACAUCCACUAUGCGCGGCCCUUCGCCCAACAUGCCUGGUGGGAUGUUCUAA